UCCGCACCACUCAACUUCAAUAUUACUUCUUGGAGUCGACAAGCAAAACAAUCUCCCCUCAAUUCAUAUCUUUUCUCCUUUCGAAUUCAAAUCAUUUUAAUGGGUAGCUUCUAUUCAACACCUAUUCACUUCGUUCUAAUUGCUUCUCUCAUUCCUUGUAGUAACUUACGCUUUCUUCUUCAUAAUCAACAACCUUGUAUUUCCUUAUAACGAACGAUUUCAAUCAGGAGCUCUCACCAAUGGGUAAACAACGCAGUUCUCAACGCAAGAAUGCUGCAAUACUGGAUAGUGAUGACACCGAUAGUGUGAGUUCAUCUUCAACCGUCCGAUCUGAUUAUGUAAUGGGUUCUGCCGUAGAGGAAGUACAGCUCGAUAAAGAAAGUGUGUUGGAUCAAAGUUUAGAUGCUUUGUAUGAGAAAAGGGGGUCAACAAGGGAGAAGGCUUUGGCAGAUAUUAUAGAGACUUUCAAUAGCAGCUUACCCCACGAGUUUGUCGAAAAAAAAUUUGCAACAUUGCUGCAUCAAUGUUUGAACUCUAUAAAACGGGGGUCUGCAAAAGAGAUAGCUUUAGCAGCUCAUGCCAUUGGAUUAUUGGCUCUAACUGCUGGCUCGGGUGAAAAAGCAAAAGAAAUCUUGGAAGAAUCCAUUUUUCCUAUCUCGGAGGCUCUGAAAUCUUGUUCUGAAGUAUCAAAGAUGUCAUCGUUAUUGGAGGGGUUGGCUGUGAUCGCGUUUGUUGGUGGAAACGAGCCUGAAGAAUCGGAGAAAUGUAUGCAAAUUAUGUGGCAAGUAGUUCAUCCGAAACUUGGUGCCAAUGUCGUUGCCACUAAGCCAUCACCAGGAAUAAUAACUGCGGUUGUAUCAGCAUGGUCGUUUCUUCUUACUACGGUGGAUGGGCGGACACUUGAUGCUAAAAGUUGGCAAGAGUCGUUUUCCUACUUUUCGACUCUUCUAGAAAAAGAUGAUAGAUCGGUCCGUAUUGCAGCCGGUGAAGCACUUGCUCUGGUAUAUGAGAUCGGAAACUUGGAAAAGUUUUGUCAUAGCUCCGUUAACGGUGGCAUUAUUUCCUUGGAUGGUACACAUAUACAGGGUUUGAGAUCAAAAGUCUUGAACCAAGUUCGGGGCCUUUCUGCCGAGGCGGGUGGGAAAGGUUCUGCCAAAAAAGGUCUCAACCACCAACGUAACACUUUUCGAGAUAUUCUGGAAUUUCUUGAGGACGGUGACACGCCAGAAACCACGGUAAAGAUCGGUGGAGAGUCGCUUACUACUACAAAUUGGUCCCAACUAAUUCAGUUGAACUUCUUGAAGCGUUUUCUCGGUGGAGGAUUUGUGACGCACAUGCAGGAAAAUGAAUUUCUUCAUGAGGUAUUUGACUUCACACCAAAGAAAAAGCUUCUAUCGGGUGGGGUUCGGGGAUCAGCGACCGACAAGAGGAUGUACAGGUCUCCGAACUCGAUGCUGAACAAGGCAAGGACACAGUUUCUGAACAAGCAGAGGAUGCUCUCCCAGGGUAGAAAUGCUGGGCACUUUGCAUUGGGGGAGGAGUAAUUCCAAUUUAGUUUAGGCAUUCAUUUGUGAAAACCUCAAUUGCAUCUUAUUCUUAUAUUGUGAAAGACCAAUGGUUAAUUUAUUCGUUUUUAACAUUCGAGCUAU